AUACUUAGGUUAGAAAAUUUUGUUUAUGAAAAUGGCGUAUCUUGGAGCAAUCGAUCAAGGUACAUCUAGCUGCAGAUUUUUGCUCUUUUCUGCUGAAACUGGUGAUGUUGUUGCAUCACAUCAAGUGGAAACACACAGCAUUCAUCCAGAGGAAGGGUGGUGCCAACAGGAUCCAAAGGAGAUUUUAUCGUCUGUGUUGUUGUGCAUUGAAAAAACAUUGGAGAAGUGCACACAUGUUGACAUUAAAAACAUAAAAGCCAUUGGAAUUACUAAUCAGCGUGAAUCUACGAUAGUUUGGGAUAAAAAAACCGGCGAACCCAUCUAUCCGGCCAUUAUUUGGCUUGAUGGACGAACUCGAGAAACUGUUGAUGAACUAAUUCAAAAAACUGAAAAUAAAUCUCAAUCAGCAUUUCAAAACAUUUGCGGUUUACCAUUGUCAACCUACUUUAGUGCUGUAAAGUUACGAUGGAUCUUGGAUCAUUGCAAGGAAGCACAGACGGCAUUAUCAGAAGACAAUUUAUGUUUUGGAACAGUUGACACAUGGUUGCUUUGGAAUUUGACAGGUGGGAAAAAUGGUGGAGUUUAUGCUACUGAUGUCACAAAUGCAAGUCGGACAAUGUUAAUGAAUAUAACUACUUUACAAUGGGAUGAUUCAAUGUGCAGAUUCUUCGAUGUUCCCAAAGAGAUUUUGCCAGAGAUACGAAGUUCUUCAGAAAUUUUUGGAAAUAUGUGUAAAGGCACACUCAUUGGUGUUCCAAUAUCUGGUAUUCUUGGUGAUCAGCAAGCUGCUCUAGUGGGACAGAAAUGUUUUGCACAAGGAGAAGCUAAAAACACGUAUGGUACUGGCAACUUUCUACUUUAUAACACUGGAAAUAGUCCAGUGUUUUCUGAGCAUGGGUUGUUAACAACAGUUGGUUACAAGUUUGGGCCAAGCAAGCCUGCUGUAUAUGCUUUGGAGGGCUCCAUAGCAAUAACUGGUGCUGCUGUGAAAUGGCUUCGUGAUAACCUUGGUAUAAUACAGAAUGCAGGAGAGACUGAAGUCUUGGCCUCAUCGGUAUCUGAUAAUGGAGAUGUGUAUUUUGUUCCUGCUUUUUCUGGUUUGUUUGCACCUCAUUGGGAAACUAGUGCAAGAGGAAUAAUUAUUGGUAUUACACAGUACACAACAAAAUCCCAUAUAGCAAGAGCCACACUCGAAGCAGUUUGUUUCCAAACUAAAGAGAUUUUGGAUUCAAUGGAUAAAGAUUCUAGUAUUCCACUGAAACAGUUGUUAGUUGAUGGUGGAAUGACGGUGAAUAAUUUUCUGAUGCAACUACAAACAGAUAUAUUGGGGAUAGAUGUGGUGCGAGCAAAGAUGGCUGAAACAACAGCUCUUGGUGCUGCUAUUGCAGCAGGCUGUGCAGAAGGAAUCAAUUGCUGGAAGGAAGAUGCAUCCAAGACAACGGAUUCGACUGGGUAUGAUGUCUUUAAGCCAAAUUUAGCAGAAACAGAACGGAGUCAAUUGUAUGGUAGAUGGAAAGAGGCUGUUAAAAGAUCAAAAUCGUGGAAAAAUUAAACUUCAUUCUUUAUUUUAAAUAUUAUAUUUUUUAUACCUACAAAUUAUAACUUUAGAAA